UUUUGAUCACAGAUUCUUUUGUGGCCAGACAUGUUUGUCGAUAUAUUAAUACCAUGUACGUUGAUCUAAUUAUUAUACCGUAGAUUUACAUAGAUAAAUAAACGUAUGAACUUCAUAAAUUAAACAACUAAUUUUUACUUCUUAUCCUGGCUUGGCAACAUGCAACGGAAUAGGCCAGGAUUAGUUUAGCAGAGUAGGAUGAGCCAAGAUGCUUCACUUAUCCAGAAUUAAGAUGUCCAGAAUAAGAGAAGAGUUUCUUGAACCUUUUUAAGCUGUCACUUGGCAACAGGUGUACGUACACCUUGGACAGGUCACCAGUCUAUCAAAGGACGCGCUGUAAAACUGUGUAUACUAUAUGACAUCAGAAUAAAACUAAAAGAUCCAUAGCAACACUGUAUAUAGUAAAGGUCUGUUGGAUAAAAACAGUGAAACGCAGCUGUACUAGGCAAGUGAGGUAAGUGAUGGGACAGACACACAGAUGCUAGCAAGUUUUCUAUUUCAAAUGUACACUGUAGCAAAGGUGUUUUAUUCUGUCACUAUUAACAAAAUGACUGUGUUCUGUCAGUAAUAAUAAAAUGCAGUAACCAGCUGAUGUUAAUCAAAGCAACACAAGAGGCAGGAGUUUGAUUUACUUCUGAGAGUAUUUUUAUUUUUAAUGAUUAAUCAUGCACCCAUUGUUGCAUCACCAGGCAUUCUGGCCAAUGGUGUAGAUAAAUGGUAUAAAGAUUUUAACUUUUAUCUGAAAAAAAGCAGAAGAAUCAUGGGACUCAAGGCCAUAUACAGAAAAAGGGUAAAAUGCUGAGAUGAGUCUUUGAAUAUGUUUGUAAGCUUCUAUUUCUGUCUGCUACAGUGUCUUUUCUACAUUGGAGAGCUAAAGGAUUAGUGUCUCUAAUUUGAACUGAGCAACAGAGGUUUCUCUCAAUUUCACACAAUUCCGGAGUGUAUUUAAGAGGGUGGCGUGACUAACAGACACAUAUUAUGUCAGUGUUUGCUCCUAUGUUUGCAAAAGACAGAUCUGCCCCUUGGUCCUGGCCAGCUGGUAACAUGUGCUUGAAUAUUCUGACAAGAAAGUCAUCACUGAAUAAAGGGACUCAUCAUCAUUUACCAGUCAUUUAUCACUGGAUUUAUUUCUGGAGGGCUCGUUAGUGAGAAAUGUAGAUCACUGGAACUGUUCAGUUAGAAAUGUGUCAUUAAAUGCAGACUGAAAUUUAGGAGAGUGGUGAUGAUUCGUUUUUUAUUCUUGUUUUCCUCCAUUAUUCUGUCGCUACACUAUAAUAAUCUACAAGAAUCCCUCCAAAAUUAUAACAUGUAGCUAAUUUAUUCUUCUAUGUGUUAGUAUUUUUAUAAACACCUGUUAAACUACAGAAAUCAAUGAGAUUGUAAUGCAGUGGCCAAACUAACAAAGCCACUGUAGUCAGGUUCCUGCUGGGUUAAAUAUGAUUUUACUACAGUAGCAUUUGGCUGGUAGUAUGAGAUUGAACUGGCUAAGUCUGUGAUUAAGGAAGAUCUGUCAUUAGAAGUGUCACUGUGCCCACACUAUCACACCACCACACUUACAUAAUAGUGAACCAAAUUAUAGCAAAACCCAGACUUAAGAAGCCUUGGACAAGAUUUUUCAUGUGGGAGUUCGGGCACAUCUAUUUUGGGGAACCUUUAUUGAUGAAAAAGCUUGGGAUUCCCUUGUCUUUUACAAACAAAUGUGUUUGUUAAGUGGGGUCCGGGGUGUAGACGUCACAGAGGGGGGUCCCGGCAAAAUUGUGCUAAUAUUCCCGUGCACAGAGAAAAAAGCCGCAGCAGCGGGGCUCCCGGGAGGAAAACACGCAGACCCGAGGUUCGGUGUGUGUUUAUGUUGGGGGGUUUGAGAGCCCGUGCCACCGUAUCCAGCAGCGCCGUCCGCCCCCGACAUUAACCCUGCUAUUUCGAGAAACUUCCAGCCCACUUUUCCACGUCACUUGAAGGAUUCUUUAAAGCGUCCGCCGCCUAUAUAAAAUGUCUCAGUACUCGGCAGCCGGCAAGGUGAACGGCAUGAAGACGCAGUCGCCGAUAAUGACAAUGGCAAAUAAUGACAACGAGCCUCUCCCCCUCGGAUGGGAGGUGAAGAUCGACCCCCAGACUGGAUGGCCCUUCUUCGUGGAUCACAACAACCGCACGACCACCUGGAAUGACCCGCGACACGACACGAAAAAGGUCAGAGAAGUGUCAGCAAAUGGACCCAACAUACCACCAGAACCAAGCCCUCAGGACACGCAGAAGACGUUUGUGAGGGAGAUGAAGCACCCCAUCCUGCGCCCGGGUUACGUCCCCAUCCCAGUCUUCCAUGAGGGCGCGGACAUGCGGCAGCCACAGCACCCAUGUUACUCCUACAUCCAGCCAUCCACAGCGCAGACCGUCCGCACAGACAGGCGGACGCCGUCCCCGACGCCGGGGCUCCACUGCAGGCCUCGCUCACCUUUGCAUGGCCCUUCAGAGAGCUGUCCCGCCGAGCCCGGAAAGGUCAGCUCACCUGUUUCACCAACAGCAGAGGUGUAUCCUGCCCCACAUCACCAGCCCUCGCGGCCCAGCAGCACUGGUCUCCAGGCGGGUUACAUCCCCAUCCCUGUGAUCCACGAGGGUGGAGGAGGCCAGACCCAAAUGCAGCCUCAGUUGAACCCGUCCGUGUACUCCCAGCGCGUCCCCUACCCGGAGCACCAGCAGCCCUUCCAUCGCCACCAGUCGGACGAAUGGCCUGGCUACGCCGCCGCGAUGCAGCCGCCGCGAGAAAGGGCUUCUCCCAUACUGUUUCCACAGCACCGCGAUGCUGCAUCUGUACACCUCCCACCUCACGUGAAAAGCCAGUCACCUGUCAUAUCACAAGUGCUGGGAGAACGGCCACUGCCACAUGUCGCCACAAGAGACCCGCCUCAGAAAAUGGAGCAGGAACAACAGUGUACUCAGGCGAAACCUGAGAGCCCGCAGCUCCCUCAGCCCAUGCACACAGACGCCGAUGUCCCAAAGCCUCCGCAGCCUCAGCACGUCCAGCAUCCUCCACCUCACCAGCACGCGGCGCCGCCGACGUCUCCGCAGCCUCAGCAGCCAGAGCAGUUCCAGCCGCCACAGAGAGCGGAGCAGCCGCAGCAGCAGCAGCACACGUCCGACAUCACAGUUCAGAUACCUCCGAAACCAGAGGGCCCGGACAGAACCGCUCCAUCGCCGGAGUUCCCACCUGCGAAGUCGGAGGCCGAACCGGCUCCAGCUCCCCAGUGCCCAGUCCAUCCGGGCUUGACUAAAGUCCAGCAGAUAGUCGACCGGGUCGCCAAGCUGGAGCAGGAGGUGAAAUGUUUUAGCGGAAAGAAAAAUGAUAAGAAAUACUUGUUACUGGAAGAACUGCUGACCAAAGAGCUCCUAGCGCUGGACUCGGUCGACCCGGAGGGUCGCGCGGACGUGCGGCAGGCCAGACGGGACGGGGUCCGCCGCGUUCAGAACAUACUGGAGGAACUGGAACAACUGGACGAGCAGCGCGCCAAGCCUGCUAGCGACGCGGCGAUGGAGGGGGACAACCUGACGCAAAAGGGAGACCCCAGCAUGAUCACCACGGAGAAUGUAGAGAUGGCUAAGGAAAUAUUGUAAUGACCGCACCGAGUGUGAGCAAGAGGAGCGACGGACAAGCUGCUGGGUAUUUGAUUUGAACAGAUCUACUCCAGCUCACUCUCCUCCUCCUAUGUCAACAGCAUUUGUGGAAGUUGCAUGCAUUGAUUAACACUUUUGCUAUUUCCUGCCAUUAAGCACAUAAUUGAUAGUAUCUCAGUGCAAUUAAGUUUCUCAAGCCAAUGUUGUUGCCUUCUAUGUUGUGCCAAUGUCUUCACAUUCAGACAGCUGUCAUGAUCCAAGUGUUGACAACAAUAUCUGGUCAAAUUUGAAUAAGAGGCCUUUAUCAAUAAAACGAAGAAAAGCUGAAGUAUUUUCUUAAGAAAUGUUCCAUGUCGUUGCCUUUCGUCUCGAUCAAAUAUUGUACAGAGCUUUCCUCGAGCGAGUCAGCACAUCCGCUAUUACUCGAGCGCAAACACCGGGGCUUUACAGCAGAUCUCACUGCAAACCUCCAUCAGCAGGAAAGCAUUUUCUCCUUUAUAGCUGCUUUGUCACAAGGCACAGUGAAGACGUUUAAUAUAUGCUGCUUUUUUGGUGCAUUGCUGAUUUCGCUGUCUUUGCACUUCGCCAUCAAUGAAACGUUUCCUGCUGAGAUGUGAGCAGCACUUCAGUUAGUUUUGAUUGAUGUGUUUGAGUGUUAGUAUGUGCAUCGGUUUAUUUGUUGUUUCAAAUCAAUAUAUCAGUAUUUAUAUCAAUAUAUAGUAUUUUGGUACAUUUAUGAAUGUGUAAAAACAAAAGGAGGUGAGACGGUGUACCUUACUUGAGACGAGAGACAAUCAGCACUUUGUGCUAUAACAGAAUGUCCAUGUAUUGCUACCAAAGCCACAAUCUGUACUAACACUAACCCAAAAUGGUCUAAAAGCCCGAAACACAGUUUUAUUUGCUGAGUAAAAGAUGUAGUGCAAGAAACCAUAACGGUCCUAAAUUACUUUUAUGAUUAGCCCAACUGUUUUUAUGGUAAUCUGUUACACGAUCAUAAGUCAUUUGUAAACCACAGUCAAAUUGUGGAUUUUUGUUGAUCCUGAUUUGCGGGCAGCAGGCUGAUUCAUUGUUGAAAGCAAGUCAGUCACAUUCGUAUGGUUGGAAAUAAAAUGUAUUUGACAUGGA